AUGAAUUUUGAUCUUGAUGACCCUUUGGAAGGUUUGUUGAGCGAUGGUAGUAAUGACAGUUUAUUUGGGAACGAAACUGCCAACAAAUCGAUUAAGGUUAGCAAGAAUAAAACAAUGGAGGAGUUAUUUGGUAUUAAUACUACCGAUGCAGCGAAUAAUGAAUCAAUUGCUAAAGCUGCUGAACACACCACCGCUGUGAUUGAAAAAAUCCAAACAGCAUCAAUGGACUACGCAAAAACUUCAACAUCUGUUCAUCAACCGUCCAGUUUAUCUAGCAUGCAAGGCAAAAAAUCUGAAACAUAUGUUAUGAAAGCGGAGAGCUCAGCAAUUUCUAUCAAACCUGUCACACCGCAAAAGAAGGAAAUUUCCUUUGAUGACAAUGAUUUGCUUGCCGACUUAGGGUUUGACCCAAAAAAGCCUAAAUCAAAAUCCAACAUGCUUGACGAUAUUCUUGGCGAUUCAUUGUCCUUGUCAACCAAAGAGGUAUCAGCUAAAAGUUUGGUGGGAAAACCAAAGCAAAACUUUGUCACAACGUUAGAAGAGCCAAAAACAGCAGGAAAAAAUUCAAAUCGUCAAUCAGCAGGCACAACAGAAACGUUGCAAUCCGAAGGUAGCAUCGCGCCAAGUAGUACUACUGCACCGGGAUCUGCUGGCAUCCUCCGUCGAAGCAGCCGUCGGAAAUCGUCUGUUUCCAUGCUUGUCGAUCCGUUGGGGCUGUUUGGUAACACUUCGAAUGGGAAGCCCACUUCUUCUGAAUUGAAGCAACACAAAGCAAAAAGUGGUCCAAAUUGGUUGGGUUUGAAUGACGAAAGUGUUUUGAAUGAAAAAGAAGGAGCAUCAACGGUAGUUCAUAAUCCCGAUUCUCUCCACGGUGAAUCAACCAUUCUUGAAGCACUUAAAACGGAAAACGUUAUUUCUUCAGAAAAUAAUUUGUUGGAAUCGACCACAAAAACAUUAGUUGUCCAAACUCAACCUAUCGGGCAAUUGGAAGAAAUUACAGUCGAUAGUGCCACAAUCACUAGUACCCUUCAACAGGCAGAAGCAAAAACACAAGGCGCCAUUGCUACAAUGCAGCAGCAGGAGUUUCACCUAUCGCUAGCUAAUCAAAUGGCGUUACAGGAAAAAGCUCUAAUUGAGAUGCAAGAAAAACAGUACAUCGUACUUAAACGUCAAGAAGCUCAAUUUAACGAGCUCCUACAGAAGCAAAUAUCUCGACAAAGUGCACUAGAAGACGUCCUUGCAAAACAGCAAGAACGAAUUAACGCUAACAUUCAUCUCAUAAUGAGUCAAACACCGCCAAAGUCUGCAUAUUCUUUUCUUGAACAUAAAACGUUAGAACAUUUAGAUAAAGAAACACCCGACGAUAAGCAUGCUGGAAACGUAGAAAUUCAUUCGAUCAUUAAAAGAUUGGAGAUGGAAAAGCUUCAGCUAGAGGACAUGAUGUCAAAUCUUUCUUCGAAUCACGAGCAGGAACUUUCAAUUCUUGAGGCUAGCUACAAAAAGCAAACGAGUUUUCUGGAAGACAGCGUCAGUAUCAUGGAAGCACGGAUGAAGCAUGAUAAUAUGCAUAUGCAAGAAUUUUACAAGGCUAAAUUAGAUUUUAUCGAGCAGGAGAAGCUUAAGCUCAUAGCUGAUCACCAGGCGAAAGUGCAAAUGAUCGAGGACCAGCAUCGAGGCUCCAUUGAAAUGCUUAAGCAGAGCUACGACGAAAAUCUAGAGCAGCUGCGACAGGAUCACAAGGAAAUGAUAAUCAGAAUACGCGAGUCGAAAAUCCUCGAGUUUUCUGUUAUGCAGGAAAACCAAUCCUAUCUGCAGGCAUUGAAGAACGCUUCCAACUAUCUGGAAACCGCAUCCGGUGACUUACAGCAGCUUCGUGACACGCUCCAGGAGCAGAUUGAGUUCUCUCAGAAUGAGAAAGAACUUCGAUUAGUGCAACGUGAAAAGCAAAUCGAAGACCAGCAAAGACUAAUUCAACGCUCAAGAGACGCAGCGUCGGAGGAAAAUGCACGUCUACUAAAAUUAGUUGAACUGCUUGAGAGUAAAGUUACCGAAAUGUCUAAGGUAUCCUCCGAGGAACGCUGGGAGUAUAAGCAAAAAUGUGCGAAACUUGAAGCAGAACGACAAGGCAUAGAUAAAGAAAAGCAAUUUAUUCGAGAACGGCACGACCGCGAGGAUGCCCGAAUAACCGAACUAAAACAGGUACAACUAGAAGAGUAUUCUCGUAUGAUGGAAAAAGUGGCACAAGAGCGACAAGUGCUUUUGGAAGAGAAAGCGAAGCUAGAAACCCUUGCUCAGCUACAAUCAAGCACAUAUCCAGUUGCUGCUGGCAGAACCAGCGUGGAGGUUAAAGCUGCUCUUAAAGUAGCCGAAGAAGCAGCUCGCCAAGCUGACGAGGAGAAAGAACGUUACAUGCAGAUGCAACGACAAAUGGAAGCAAAACGUCGAGAAAUUCAAAUCCGCGAGAAUCAGCUGCGGGAAAUUAAAAACGAGUUGGAUGCUAGCAGAGAGCUCACGCGUGAAAAGGAGCGUAAUGCGGGUGCGAUAUAUCAGACUCUUCGCAAAGCGGAACGAAACAUGCUACUGAAAGUUCAACUGGUUCAGCGGCAAUUCCGGGAGGUGUCUGAAAGGGAAGACCGUUUAGCCAAGGAUAAGAUAGAAUUUAGCAAGGAACGCAUGGAAUUGCAGGCUGCAAGAAGAAAGCUGUCACAAACACGGUGCAGUCUUUGCAAAAUUGGAGACAAAUCUCAAGAAUUGGGUGAUAUUUUAACCACGAACACAGAUUCAGUCGCAGACGAUCUUAAAUUGGAAGCAAACUUUGCUGAAAUGCAAAGUCGUUUGGGCUCUACGGGUUUGAAAUUUGGUGAAUUUUUCGACGACGAAAUUGAGCGGCAAUUGAAUCUGAUUGUAGAGUACAACCAGUUGGAGUCAUCUGACGCUGCGGCUCUGAAUGAUACGACAGAUCAUCAAGAACGGCAUUGUGAAUUCGAUGCGGAUCCUACGCUACAAAAGUUAGACACGUAUUUUCUACAUUUGUCAUCAAAUAGAAGGUUAGAAAGCAAUAUCAAUGACUACAAAAUGUUAUAA